CUUGAGCUUCCGUAGAAAAAUUGGUUUCCAUAGAGACCGUCUCUCGUACAGGCCGCGUAACACCUAGCUUGGAACAACUACAACAGAGGAAAACGCUUUAUAUGUGCAGGGUGUUCAGCUCAAAAUGUCCUUCAGAGAUUUAAGAAAUUUCACAGAAAUGAUGAGGGCCCUGGGCUAUCCUCGCUUGAUCUCCAUGGAAAACUUCAGAACUCCAAACUUCACUCUUGUGGCAGAAAUCCUAAUAUGGCUUGUGAAGAGAUACGAGCCGCUGAGUGAUGUUCCUACUGAUGUGGACACAGAGCCUGACAGGAUAUUCUUCAUCAAGGCUGUGGCACAGUUCAUGGCAACAAAGGCUCACAUCAAGCUGAAUACUAAGCGUCUCUACCAGGCUGACGGCUAUGCAGUGAAAGAGAUGCUGAAGAUCACCUCAGUGCUGUACAGUGCUAUGAAAACCAAGCAGAUGGCUCUGGGUGACAGAGUGGAGGAGGACAACAGCAAGUUCAAGUUUGACCUCAGCUCUCGGAUUUCAGAUCUUAAAGCAGCUCGGCAGCUGGCAUCCGAGGUCACGCUGAAAGGAGCAUCUUUAUAUGAUUUACUGGGAAAGGAGGUGGACUUAAGGGAAAUGAGAACUGCAGCCAUUGCUAGACCUCUGGAGAUCAAUGAGACUGAAAAGGCCCUGAGAGCUGCCAUCAAGGAGGUUUUGAAAAGUGUGGAAAAGACCAAAGACCUGCUGAAUAAUGUUGUUUCUGAUGAGGCCAGUCUGGACGCCAAGAUAGAAAAGAAGAAGCAGGAGCUGGAGAGGAAUCGGAAGAGGCUACAGACCCUGCAGAGUGUCAGACCAACCUUCAUGGAUGAAUAUGAGAAGAUUGAGGAAGAUCUGCAGAAGCACUAUGAGAUCUACGUGGAGAAGUUCAGAAACCUCUGCUUUCUGGAGUCUCAGCUGGAUGAAUACCAUAGACUGGAACAGGAGAGAUUUGAGGAGGCUGAAAACACUCUGAGGUUAAUGCAGAGCAAACUGAGAGAAGAGGAGAGGGAGCUGAUGAAGAGUUCCUUGAAAGAUGAGGACUCAGAGAUUGAUGUUCCAGAGGAUGAAGGUUCAGACAGUGACAUGGAGGAAUUGCGUUCUGCUAAGCCACAUCUCACACGAAACGGCAUUGCGACAGGGAGAGGAGCACGUUUCAUCGGGAACAUGCAGGGUGGUGACAGUGAGGCCCCUUUAGCUGUUUCCAGAAGGUCAUUCCCACAUAAGAAAAAACACCGGAAAGGAAAGACUGAAGAUAGUGAGAUUGAUGUGGAUGAGGAUGAUGAGGAAGGUGAUGAGGACGAAGAGAGCAAGGAUUUGGACGAUGACAGCUUGGAGGACCCAGUAUUCAGGGGUCCUCGACCCUCAAGACGGGGCAUGAGACCCCCCCUGCUUGACGAAAAUGACAAUGACUUCUGACUAAAGACAAGAUAUGGAUAAGCUCCAGCUGCUUUUAUAGUCCAGCUCUAAUUUAGACCGUCCAAUUUUUCCAUCUUAAGUGUCAAGUUUGUGUUCUUGAAUAUCUGAGUAAAAUAUUUAUCAUAAUAAAUUAUUUUAACAUCU